GUCGCUCCGGAACACGCUGGAGGAAGUUGGUGCAAAAAAUAUUGGGGCUCAACUGCUGAGAAAAAUAUGAUAUUUUAAUAUCACUUAUAUAAUUUUUUACCAGUGCAACGGAGGAGAAAAGACUGAUUAUUAUUGUUGUUGUUCUCUCACUUGUGCGUAAAAGUCUUUUUGAAUUCUGAAUGACCUGGAGAGGAAUCACUGGAAUGACUGAACGCUCUUCUCUUCACGCACCAAACGGACUUAGGACUUCAUCAGAGAUAUUAUUCAUACAUCACGGAGCUUUCCUGCUAAUUGUAUUUUUAACGCGUAAAAUCCUUUAAAUAGAAUCCUCGUUAGAGACGGAUCCGCUCCUGUUGCUGUCUUCUCCAACUGAAACGGGUUUGAUGGAAACAUGACCAAAGCUGCAACCGGACCGGUUCUCCUGCACCGCCUCCUCUUCCACCUGCUCCAUCUGCUGCUGCUUCAUGCCUCCCCGGUGUGUCCGUCCGCCCCGCCCGGACAUCCAGCGCACUACUACGGACAAAUAGCGGAGAACUCCCCGGCCGGGACGCCGGUGGAGGGGGUGCUGCUACCGGUCGGAGCUGGCGGCUGCCCCGGUGCGGACCUUAAUGCCAGCCUGAUGGGGGAUUACGCAUCGGAUUUCAGGCUCAUUCACCACCACGGGGACCGGCACCACCGGGGGCAUCUGGGUUUGGUCUCCGCCAAAGCUCUGGACCGGGAGUUCAUAGCGAUGUACGAGCUGACGGUGGAGCUGCCGCCGCGAUGUCUGAGGAGACCGGCCGCCGUCCAGGUCGAAGUGUCGGACAGGAACGACAACGCCCCCCGGUUCAGCUGCGGGAACCAGACGGUCGAAGCGGACGAGCUGACGCUGCUCGGCACCGAGCUGGGCCGCUUUGACGCGAAGGACGGAGACGCAGAGAUGAACGGACGCGUCACUUUUUUUGCGUCACCGGAGUCUCACCUGCUCCACGUGGUCCCACAGACCGGACAGGUGAGGCUGAUCGGGUCCCUCCUGGGUGUCAGCCGGGUGACUCUGCGCCUUUACGCGCGCGACGGCGGAGACGUGGCGCUGGUUGGUGAGCCGGUGUUCCUGCGCGUCAACGUCCGCAGCUCCAGCAGUGCGCUGCGGCGGCGGAGACCCCGGGCUCUGACCGAGGAGCUGACCUACACCGUGACCGUCCCGGACCACGUCAGAGUCGGGGACCUGGUGUUCACGGUGCCGGACCAGAAGUUCGAGCAGCGGUGGUUCGAAGUGAUAUCCGAGGCGGACUCGCCGGUCCAGAUCGAGCGGGAUUCGGGGCGUCUGUACCUGGCGCGCGGCCUGCCGGAGCCCACUGAGGUUCUGGUGAAGAUCCACAACCCGCGAGGCGAUGAGUGGUACCUGUGCAGGUUGACUCUGAGCAUGCCCAGCCAGGCCGACCUGCAGUGGGCCAUGUUCCCCUCUCCUUACCUCGGCGCCAUGGGUCCCGACGCCACGCCCGGCUCUGUGGUGUACCGGCUCUCGGCACGGCAACGAGACGGGACGCUGGGUCAAGCCCAGUUCCUGCUGCUGGACGGUGGGGAGGAGUGCUUCGAGGUGGACCGUCGCUCCGGCGACAUCAGGACCACGGGACGACCUCUGACCCCCAGCAGGGAGUACCUGCUGCGGGUGCAGGCGACGGACGGGAGCGGCCGCAAAGGCUCGCCGGCCACGGUGGCCGUCCUGGCCGGCUACCGGCCGCCGCAGUUCACCAACGCCACCUACAGCCUGAACGUACCGGAGAACACGGCCGUCGGCCAACCCGUCUCAGUGGUCCAGGCCGUCUCCUUCCAGAAGAAGAGCUUGUCCUACAUGCUGCUGGUGAAUCCUGGGAACCUGUUCAGCAUCAACCAGGAGAGCGGAGCGCUCAGCCUCACCAGGACGGUGGACUACGAGAGCAGACACAACCUCCACAUGCUGCAGGUCCGAGCCUCCGAACCUGACACCGGCCUCAGCAGCGUGGCGGAGGUCGUCGUUCACGUGACGGAUGAAAACGACUGCACGCCAGAGUUCCUCCACUCCAUCUACACCAGAGACAACGUACCUGAGAGCAUCGCACCUGGAAGCUCUCUGCUGCAAGACUUCCUGCGGGAGGACACUCCGGUGGGAACUAGUUUCCUGCGAGCGGCAGCACACGACGACGACCAGGGGAGCAACGCGGCCGUCGCCUACUCCCUGUCCAAUCAGAGGCCGGCUUACCUGCACAUCAACCCCAGUACCGGCUGGAUCUACGUCAACCACCCCAUCUCACAGACGUCCAGGAUCAACCAGCAGAUCGUGGCCUCAGACGGAGGUAACCGCAGCAGCUCGGUGGAGCUCAGCAUCAUCAUCACCAACGUCCACAACCAGCCGCCGCUGUGGGAGGAGCCUGAGUACUGGGUCACCGUGCCAGAGAACACCGCCAGGGACGCCAAGAUAGUGACCAUCAAGGCGACGUCCCCGCUCGGUGAUCCCCGGGUGACCUACAACCUGGAGGAGGGUCAGGUGCCGGAGACCAACAUGCCGGUUCGGUUCUACAUCAAGCCGAACCGGGCGGACAGCUCGGCGUCCAUCCUGGUGGCCGAGAACCUGGACUACGAGACCACGCGCUUCUUCACGCUCAGGGUUCGAGUCCAGAAUGUCGCCGCCGUGCCGCUCGCGUCGUUCACCACCGUCUACGUCAACGUGACAGACGUGAACGACAACGUUCCUUUCUUCCUGUCGUCCACCUACGAGGCCACGGUGCCCGAAGGAGCCGAGAUCGGCACGUCGGUGGCUCAGGUGUCGGCCACAGACCUGGACUCUGGUCUACACGGGAUGGUCCACUAUGUGAUCCUGAAGGACGAGAGCGGGGACUCUCAGUUCUUCAGCAUCGACUCGCGCAGCGGCGUCAUCGUCACUCGAGCUUCCUUCGACCGCGAGCAAAAGGCCUCCUACCUGAUCGAGGUCCAGUCCCAGGACAGCUCCGAGUCGGCCAGACCGGGCCAACAGGGACAACCCAACACCGACAUGGCGUACGUCAGGAUCUUCGUCACCGACAUCAACGACAACGCCCCGGCGUUCGCCCAGCCGGCGUACGAGGUGAGCGUUGAGGAAGACGAGGAGGUCGGCUUCGUCCUCAUCACCGUCACCGCCAACGACGAGGACGAAGGUGCCAACGCCAAGCUGCGCUACCAGAUCACCUCCGGUAACACCAUGGGCGCCUUCGACGUGGAGCCCGAGGUGGGCACCGUCUUCGUGGCCCAGCCGCUGGACUACGAGACGGAGCAGCGCUACGAGCUCCGGCUGGUCGCCUCCGACGGGAAGUGGGAGAACGAGACGCUGGUGGUGGUUCAGGUGGUCAACCGCAACGACGAGGCGCCCGUCUUCAGCCAGACCGAGUACCGCGCCGCCGUGACCGAGGAGCUCACCCAGCUGCCCGUCGUCAUGCUGGAGGUGUCGGCCACAGACCCGGACCAGGAGGCCGACCAGACCGCCCUCCGCUACUCCCUUCACGGCCAGGGCGCCGCUGGCGAGUUCACCAUUGACGAACGCACUGGAAGAAUCUACGCCCAACGGCGCCUGGACCGCGAGGAGCGCCCGGCCUGGAGAUUCCUCGUCCUCGCCACAGACGAGGGCGGGGCGGGACUCACGGGAUUUGCCGACGUGCUGCUGGAGGUCACGGACGUCAACGACAACGCGCCCUUCUUCCCGUGCCCGGCGCUGGAAGUAGACGGAUGCUUCCUCGGCCAGGUGCCUGAAAACUCCCCCGCCGACACCUCCGUCAUGGAGAUGCGCGCCAUGGACCUGGACGACCCCAACGAGGGCAAGAACGCCGCGCUGACCUACAGCAUCAUCAAGAACGUCCGCAACGAGAUCAACCUCAACCUGUUCUCCAUCAACGCCAGCACGGGGACCAUCUACACGGUGCUGCGUUCGCUGGACCGGGAGGUGGAAGAGCGGUAUCUGGUCGUGGUGGAGGCCAGGGAUGGAGGGGGUCUGGCGGGAACAGGGACAGCCACCAUCACGGUUUCGGACGUCAACGAUCACCCACCCGUCUUCACUCAGAGGCUCUACACCACUCAGGUGACAGAGGACCUGGAGGUGAACAGCGAGGUUCUCGUUGUUUCGGCCACGGACGGAGACGAGGGAGAGAACGCCGUGGUGACCUUCAGCAUCGUCGGCGGCAACGAGGACAGGAAGUUCUUCGUGGAGACGGACAAAGUGAACCGCCGCGGCGUGAUAAAGCUCAAGAAAAAGGUCGACUUCGAGAAGCCCCGUGAGAGGACUUUCAAUCUGACGCUGAAGGCCGAGGACGCCGAUUUCUUCAGCCUGGCCCACUGUCUCGUUCAGGUGGAGGACGCCAACGACCACGCGCCCGUGUUUCUACCGCAGUUCUACGAGUCCCCGGCCAUGUCUGAAGACGUACCUGUGGGGACGAUCGUAGCUCAGGUUACGGCGUCGGAUCUGGACUCGGCCCAGAACGGACGCUUUUCUUACAGCAUUUCAAAGGAGUCGGACCCCUACAGUCAGUUUCUGGUGGACCAGUCCGGUUGGGUGGUGGUGGCCGACUCCCUCGACAGGGAGAAAAUCUCGCAGCACCGGAUCAUGGUCCUCGCCACGGACGCCGGGAGCCCGCCCAUGACCGGCACCGCCAUCGUCAUGAUAGCCGUGCUGGACAUUAACGACAACGGGCCGGAGUUCGAGGUCCCCUACAGGCCCGUCGUUUGGGAGAACGCGGCGGCGCCCCAGGCGGUUCGAAUGAACGACACCUCCUUACUCCUCCACGCCACCGACCGGGACACCUCCACCAAUGGCGGGCCGUUCUCCAUCCGGCUCCUCGCGCUCACCUCGGACGCCACCAACUUCAAUCUGACGGACUUUCGGAACGGCAGCGCGGCCGUCACCGCCCUCCGGACCUUCGACCGCGAGCGGCAGAAGGAGUACCGCCUCCUGAUUCUCAUGAUUGACAGCGGCUCUCCUCCGAUGAGCUCCACCGGCACGCUGACGGUCGUCAUCGGGGACAGGAACGACCACCCUCACUCCCCGGGACACACGAACUUCAUCGUCUACAGUUAUGAGGGUGUUCUCCCGACGACGGCGCUCGGACGAGUUCAAUCCCCCGACCUCGACGACUGGAGUGAGAAGGUGUACCGGUUCGAGGGAAAAGCAUCCAGGUUGUUUGGUCUGAACCUGACCUCAGGUGAGCUCAGUGUGAGGGAGGGGGCUCCUCCCGGCUCGUACCGUCUACAGGUGAGCGUGUCGGACCUCACCUGGCCGGACGUCACCUCCACGGCUCAGGUGGAGGUGAGGGACCUGCAGCCGGACGUCCUGAGGAACGCCGCCUCCCUCCGCCUCACCAACAUGACGGUGGAGGAGUUCUUCGCAGGAGGAGGCGAGGAGAGUCUCUUCUCUCGUCUGGGUCGGAUGUUGUCUGAACUCCUUCAGACUUCUCCGCUGAGUGUUCAGAUCUUCUCUGUGAGCGACGCCGGGCGGCGAGGAGCGAAGGAGCUCAACGUUUGGUUUGCUGCUCGCGGUUCAACGUUCUACAAGAAGGAGAAGCUGCUCGGAUACGUGGCAGCAAACAGAGCUCAGCUGGAGGCCAUGUUGGGCGUGUCCAUCUCUCAGGUGGCCGUUGAUGAAUGUCUCUUCAGCGACUGCAGUGAGUCUGGCGGCUGCAGCAGCGAGCUUUCCUUCAGCCAGACUCCCGAGGCUCUCAGCGCCGGCGACACUUCUCUGGUGUCGCUGGCGGCCUCGUCGACGGCUCGAUGUGGCUGCCGGGGCCGAGAGGCCGUCCACCUGCCGUGCUCCGCCUACGCCUCCAACCCGUGCCUCAACGGGGGGGCCUGCCAGGACGGACCGCUGGGAUACAGGUGUGAUUGUCCGUCCAUGUUUGACGGGCCCGAGUGCCAGCAGACCAAACACAGCUUCAGCGGUCAGGGCUACGCCUGGUUCCCUCCCAUCAUGCCUUGCUUCCAGAGCCACGUCUCCCUGGAGUUCCUGGCUGAGUCGGCCAAUGGGCUGCUGUUGUACAACGGGCCGCUCGGCCCCGCCCACUCCGGGGAGCAGGAGGACUUCAUCGCCAUAGAGUUGAGGAACGGGGUUCCGGUUCUGAGCAUAAACCACGGAUCAGGAGCGCUGACCCUGCAGCUGCCGGCGAAAUCCACCGUGACCGACCGGCGCUGGCAUCGCCUCGACAUCGUCAGCGACGGAAAGGCCGUCCAGCUGAUCCUGGACCAGUGUGGGGGGGCGGCGGUGAAUGAGCUGGAGGGUGUCGGGGGGGACGGUGAGGAGACUGACGAGUCCAGCUGUAGAGCUGCAGGAGAGACGCCAGGAAACCAGAGGUACCUGAAUGUCUUCCAGCCUCUUCAGUUGGGAGGAGUGAAGGAAACUUCUCCUCAUCGACGUUACCGCAGCUUCACCGGCUGCAUCCGCAACCUGGUGGUGGACAGUCAGGUGUACGACCUGGCGUCUCCAGGUGAGAGUGUGGACAGCUCUCCUGGCUGCCGGCUGACAGACGGUGUGUGUGUGACGGCGGCCGGCCCGUCCUGCGGCGCUCGAGCCUCCUGCAUCGCCGACUGGGGCUCCUUCAGCUGCCAGUGUCACCCGGGCUUCACCGGACACAAGUGUGACAGCGCCGUCCCAGAGUUCUCCUUCGACUCGGGCAGCGUUGUGCGUCUCCAGCUCAGAGGAGGUGGCAGCUCUCGCCGUACUAACGUGCAGCUCCUCCUCCGAACCCGCGCCUCCUCCGGCUCCCUGUUCUCCGUGACGUCCCGGGACUCCAGCGAGUACAUCGUCCUGGAGAUCGUGGACGGCCUCCUCUCCGUUCGAGCUAACCUGGGUGACGGUGCUCGCUCCCUGCGCCUCCUCGGUCAGCGGGUGGACAUCGGGCAGUGGGUGCUGGUCGGCCUCGGUCGCAACGACAACCUGUUCACGCUAAGGCUGGAGCAGGGGGGGGGGCUGCGGGAGGUCCGGGGCCGACUGGGGAUCCGGAGAGAGAUUGUUGUUCAACAGGCCGGAGUAACGGUGGGAGACAAGGACGUCUUUCAGGGUUGUCUGCGGGACGUUCGUUUUAACUCUCAGGUCCUCCCUCUGGACGGGCGGAGUCAGGACUCGGUGACGGUGCUGGAGAGGCAGGGCGUCACCUCGGGUUGCCACAGCAACGCCUGCAGCAGCCAACCGUGUCGCAGCCCUCUGCGCUGCACCGACCUGUGGAGGAAACACCAGUGCAAGUGCCCCGGCGGUCAGGUGACGGUGACGGAGGACUCCGGUGAGCAGCGCUGCGAGCCGUCGCCCUGUGGAGCUUCUUCCUGCCGCAACGGCGGCGUCUGUCAGCCGCUGUCGCCCGACAGCUACCGGUGCCGCUGCCAGGACGGCUUCAAGGGUCAGCGCUGUGAGCUGGGCCUCAGACGGCAGCGGCUGGUCGCCCUCAGCCCCAGCUCCAUCCUCGCCAUCAGCAUGUGUCUGCUCGUCUUCUUCGCGGUGCUGGUGGCGGUGACGGUGUGGAACCAGAAAGGCAGCCGUAACAAGUUCAGGAAGCGAGGAGUUUACCACAUCCCGGCAGAACACGAGAGCUGGGAGGACAUCCGAGAAAACAUCCUCAACUACAACGAGGAGGGGGGGGGCGAGCAGGACCAGAACGGAUACGACAUCACGGAGCUGAAGCGUCCUCUGUGCUCCAGUCUGUCUCAGUCCUCGUCCUGCACCACCGCCCCGCUCAUCAAAUCCUCCCCCGGCUCCCAAGAGGAGGUUCACCCGUCCGGCUCCUCCUGCAGCUCCGGCGCUCCCUACCUCAGCAUCCCGCAGCACCACCACCACCAACACCUCCAACACCAACUCCACUACCAGCACGGCGGUGCCAACGGCUACCCCAGCACCGCCACCUACGCCGCUCACGCGUGCCGGGACACGGAGGCGAGCGACGUCCCCACGUCGGUGUCGCGCUCCCGCGUGGACUUUAAAAGCUACGUGGCGCGAAUCAUCUGGGAGGCGGACAACGACGGUGAGGCGCUGCCACCGGACGCCUACCACGUGUGGUGCGUGGAGGGCUCGGGGUCGACGGCGGGAAGCCUCAGCUCGCUGGGGUCGGCCGCAUCACGCAGAAACAUUCUCGCUGCCCCCGCCGUUGCCGAGGAAGAGCAGGAGGAGGACGAAGGAGGGUUUGUUUACGACAGGCUGUCGCGGUGGGGGCCAAAGUUCCAGGCGCUGAGUGAGAUGUACGAUCGGCCCCAGCUGUCCCUCACGUACAGGGACACCGUGGCGUACGUACAGAGGAGCCACAGCCACGAACACCUGCCUCACCACCACCACUAGGGGACGCCACACAACCCAAACACAGCUAGCUCACUGCUAACACACAGCUAACACACAGCUAGCUCACAGCUAACACGGACCAGGAGGGACUUGGGGCUGCGUUCACAUCUGAAACAAACCAAAAUACAUUGUUAAAACAUUUUAUUUUUAUAUUGCAAAUGUCCGUUAAAUUGAAUAAUGAUAUUGAUGCCCAAUUAAAAUGAACGGUGCUCUUUUGUUAUGCACAAUUUAAACUUGGAAUUUAAUAAUAAAAAUCAUUAAUUUUAUAUUGUCAAGGCCAGAUUUACAAACGAGGGCUCCUUGGAGCAAACAUGUGAUUCAAUGUUAUUCAAAUAUUUUGUUUAAACACAUACGUUACUCAUGAAAAUGCACCAUUUUGACAUCAACAAAACAGAAAGGAAACACAGAAAAUAUUCUGCUUCUCCUCAACACGUAACUUCAUAAUAAACCCUGAAUUAUGUUCUGGAUAUGUUCACUUAUUAUUGACCUCACACAGUUUGAGGCUUUAGGAGAAGGUCUACAGAUAUUUUCUGUUCUUUUUGGUUCAUUAAACCUCAGAUUAAAGUUCAUGUCAGGGAGUUAAAGGAAGCGAGAGGCACCAGAGAAGUAAUGAAGGGGAAACAAUACACAAAAAAGAAGUAAAUGUUUGGUGACGUUUGUUUCUUGUUCAGAAGAUAUUUUUAAAUAAAUGGAUUAUAAAUGCAAACAUUUUAGAAAUAUUGAGAAAGAAUUAGAUUAAUCUGAAAGAAAAGUUUUCUUAAGGUGCAAUAAUAUGAAAGAGAGUCACAAAGAUGUCCCGCCCACUCAGCCCUGAGGACCAAUCAGCUUGCAUGGGUGCACAGCAAUUGGCUGACACUCAAAAUCCUCAGUCCUGAUUGGGUGCUGGCUCCUCAUUAAAGGCGGGACCAACUAUUCAACCUGUAAUCAGCCAUGAGGAGCAGACAGGAAACUGUGUAGAACAAACGUCUUUAAGUUUAGUUUGAGUUCAGACACAAACAAACUGGUUCAAAGUAAAGAGUUUCUCAUUUCUGGUGUAUUUGUUUACCCAGAAUGCAUUUCACACAUUUUGGAUUUGAACCAGUUUGCUGCAGAGAGACUGUCUUUUUUAAAGAUAUUUAUUAUCACGUAGGACAAAGAAAGAAACGGAUCCAGAAGUAUUUAUGAUUGAAAAAUUACUAAUAAACUAAAUAUUUUUGCAACACAAUGACAAAUCCUUUCAGCUCUUAUUUUUUGUUUGUUAAAAAUCCAGCCCACAAAGACACAGAUCGUCCCCCUGUUUGUGUUUUGACAAGUUGUCAAAUCCCCCAAAAACCUCCAAACAUCGAUCGUCCGCUGUUGGUGAAUCCGACGUGAACGCAGCCGCUCCGUUUCCUCCGUGACGCGUUCAAGGGCUGCAGGUUCAUCCUGUGAUCUGGAUGUUUCUUCAUGUAAGAAGAAACAAAACAAGCUGCAGGACAAAAGAAGUUCAGAGUUCAGUGGCUUCAUGUACCAGCUUCACACAGGAACACGUCGUCUUUAUUUCAUUUGUCGGCAGUUUUUGUGGGUCGCUGACUUUUGUUCCUGAAUACGUGGACUUUCAGAGUAAAAGUUGACUGUUUUUGGAGGAAUAUUACCACCGAACUGUGUCUGGAAUGUUGUGGGUGACUGAGAGAAUAAUUCUGGUUCAUUUGUUAACAACAUCAAGGCCUUGAUGUGAAUCUUACAAAAAGAACUUCUUCUUUAAGGGCAUUUUCAUCUGUUUUUUUUUUACCUGCACCCCCACAGUUUGAACUUUGACAAAUAAAAUUCUCCCAAGGACGAACUUCUCUUAAGAAACACAGAUGAACCUCCAACGAACACAAUAACCAGCUUUUACGGUCCUCUUUUCUACCUUCCUGUUGCACUAGUGGACUGUUUCGCCAGUAAAAAAAAAAAUGUUUGAGAAAUAAAAGCUGCUUGUGAGCUCACCGGGUGAAACACCUGGUGGUGUGUCCGACAUGUAGAAUAAGAUAGUAUGGAUUUCAGGUGAGAGAAUAUUUUUAUACUGCCUUGUAGAAACCUUGUGGGUCGUGUUAGCGUGCUGGGUGGCGUGUUUUAGUUUUUGUUAUUCGGACGUUAAAGUUGAGACGAGUUCAUUGAGCCAGAACAGACCAGAGAGAAUAAAUACAAACCACUUGUUUCAGCUGAAAACCAAUGUGGUAUUUAGAAGUCAAAGUAUUUCAAUUCUACAUAUUGUGGUUUAAACUUGCACAGCGACUUCCUUCCAUUGGUUGAAACACGACCUUCCAGUGGACCACCACGGGACGGUGAGAGGCAAAUAAUGUAUUUAAUGCAGUUUAAAUUGUACCAUUAAUUACACAUAUGAUGUUUGUCGAUUUAAAAGAUAACUUUGCUCGUUAAGAAAGUUGCAAUUUUUCGUAAAGCGGUUGAAGUAUAAGACUGAAAAUACGUAAUUAGAGAGACGACACACCCAAAAGUGACCUUUCUCUCUGAAACUACGAUGUCUGUGUGUUUAGUAUGUUCUCACUACAAUAACGAGGUCUCACUCGCUCUUUAUCUUCCUGAUAAAAAGAGUCACUAAGAUAAAACACAUCAGCUAAGAUAACGUUACCUUUGGAACAUAGCUGAGUUAGCUAGCUAGCUAGAUAACAUUACCUUUGGAACAUAGCUGAGUUAGCUAGCUAGAUAACAUUACCUUUGGAACAUAGCUGAGUUAGCUAGCUAGCUAGAUAACGUUACCUUUGGAACAUAGCUGAGUUAGCUAGCUAGCUAGAUAACGUUACCUUUGGAAUAUAGCUGAGUUAGCUAGCUAGCUAGAUAACGCUACCUUUGGAACAUAGCUGAGUUAGCUAGCUAGCUAGAUAAUGUUACCUCUGGAAGAUAGCUGAGUUAGCUAGCUAGAUAACGUUACCUUUGGAACAUAGCUGAGUUAGCUAGCUAGCUAGAUAACAUUACCUUUGGAACAUAGCUGAGUUAGCUAGCUAGCUAGAUAACGCUACCUUUGGAACAUAGCUGAGUUAGCUAGCUAGAUAACGUUACCAUUGGAACAUUGCUGAGUUAGUUAGUUGUAUAAUUCACGACACAAUUCAAACGGGUUCCAAAAAUGAUGUUUCUCGAUAUUUAUUAUUGUACAUAUAUUUUCCAAAAUAAAGUCCUGUGGUGGUCCAACGGAAGGGGGUGGGACUUCGGCACUCUAUUAGUGAAGAGUAGCCAUUAGCCUUUCAAUUAGCAUACACAUAGCUAGUGCUAGUGCUAAAGGCUAGCAUGCACAUAUUCCAGCCUUUCAUGUAAACUCAAAUUCAUAAAUGUUUAUAUGAGUUUAUACUGUAUUUUGUCAAAAUAGCACUCUUUACAGUACUCUCACCUAACCAUAACAACAGUCAGCAUGCUAGCAAUUAGCAUUAGGGAUUAGCACUAGCAAUUAGCUUCAGCUAAAUUAAACACAGUAACGUCCCGCUAAAUGAUAAAAGUUGAUGUUUUUUUCACUAUAGGUACUUCAACAAAAAAACUCUCUUGUCAAUAAAGUUAUUUAAUCACAAAACUGUUGAGGAAGCACAAAACAAACUCAAGUUUUAAUUGUCUGCAGGUCCAGAUUUGAGAACGUACACGAUCCGAUGACUGCAGGACAAUGUUUUCAACACAAACUCCUGAUUUUAUUAAAGAUGAAUUCACAUUAUUGCAGAAUAUUUGGGCUCUUUAUGACCUGUUUUGAUCGUUUUGAUUAACAGGCCAAAUUAUUUGCAAAGUAUAUAUUAAAAGUAAAGUUAUCAAAUAAGUGAGUAAAAAGUACAAUACUUCCCUCUGAGAUGUAUAAAGUAGCAGUACAAGUACCUCAAAGUAGGUAAAUAUACCAAGUUACCCUUAAAAUCAGUGAUUCUGUGUUGCUCUCAGCUUGCAGAUUGAUUUCCACUUGAAUUCAGUCUUCUUUUCAUUAAAUGCAGUUCUUUGCUUUGCUGUAAACCUUUAUUUUGCCGGUUUGUUAGAACGUCUAGCUGAAGGUAACAUUAAGGACCAAAAAAGAUGCGUUUUUAACAUGUUUUCCUUCCACCGCUUUCCAAACAACCAAAUUACAGAAAGACGAUGUGACCUUUGUGUUUCCCAGCCUACCUCGCAGCUCCGCAUGUUGUCAUUACACCGCCUGAUGAAUGUAGUUUUAUUCGUACGUGUAGAGAGGUCUAAGGGGUCUAAGGGGUCUAAGGCUGGCCGAGAGUACAAUCAGAGAGUUUAGUAUAAACUCUGUUAUUUGAUAAAAGUGAGUCUUUACUUGAGCAGAGCGUCACUCAAUCCUCGGACGACAAAAUGCCAACACAGGCUAAGAAAUCCAGAUGUUUUAAUGUUUUUUUUUUUUUAUUUCUCUUCAGGUCAGUCAGUCGUACAGUUUUCUCUUCUGGUACCUGGAUUUCAAAAUAAAAGCCCUGAAAAGAAUUGUACUCAAAGCUAUGCAUCCAAAUGGAAUAACACAGGUGUCUUUUUCUAAACUCAUGUGAAGCUUUUGACGUGUGACACAUCAGGUGUUUGUUUAAAUCCAGAGCUUUUAAAGCAGUUCAGUGUGUGUGUGUGCGUGUUUGACAGAGUGAGUAAAGUGUCAUUCAGCACUGUUGAUCUGUGUGAUACGAUGUACAUAUGGACGUUUUAUAGCAUCCUAACAUGGAAUAUUCCUUUUGUAUAUGACUUUUAAUAAAAACUGCUUUU